AUGAACUCCACCGUCGCAAGCUGCCCCGUCCAGGGCAACUCGGAUCUCUACGGCCUGGGCAUCCGCGUCGGCAUCUACAUCCAGAUGAUCACCGUGCAGCUCUCCGGCCUCGCCAGCGCCAUUCUCAAGACCGAAGACGCCCUCGGCCAGGGCACAAUCAUCUUCGUGCUGGCCACCGGCAUCGUGCUUGUCCACCUCCUGCAGCAGGCCGCGGGCAGCUCCGUGGCAAGCGACGGCAGCACCAUCCUCCAGCCGGUCGAGGUCUUCCCCAUUCUCACGCUUCUGCUCGCCCAGGUGGGCGUCUGCCGAGUGCCGUACUGGAAGGGCCAGACGACGGCGCUCAUCUACACGUUUGAGGUGGGAGGCUUGAUUGCCCUGUUUGCCUGGUUCUGGUGGCAUGGCAUGGACACGCUGCCGCGCACAUGCCACGACGACAAGGCCUUCUUCUUCGCCAAAGUGAGCAUCUGGAAUUGGUUCCGCACUCUUAAUAAGGUGGGAUCCGUGUUUGCCAUCAUUGGCGGUGUUUUUUCGGUCGUCUUCUACCUUGGAGCCAUCAUUCUAUUCACCUUUGUCAGAGCGGCCAGUUUUGUCCGCAGAUUUCGCGGCGAAGUAGACGGAAAGUCCAGAGAGGACGACAACCCCAUGAAUUACGGGCCUCUCGAUUUCUUGGUCAAUAUCGGCGCCAUAGUCUACGUCGAGAUGGCGCUUAAGUGGAACAACAUCUCCGGUGUGCACAGCUUGGCUGCCCCUGGACAGUUCAUGCCCUUUUUCAUUGCCUUGGCUCAGCUCUUGAGCGUCUUCUACAGCUUUGCCUCGACGGCUCUGGAUUUGACUGCUGACGAUGUGAGCUUUUCUGAUUUGGGGGAUGAAGAUGACGAAGAGUUAGAAUGUCCUCACGGUAAGGAUAGAUUGCCUACUGUGAAUGAUGCAGGUAGUACAAAUGGUGUCACUAAUACGAGUGCUGUGGUCGUUGCGAAUGGAAAACAAUGA